UGGGGUGGUGGGUGUCAGCAUCCCGGGGGAAGGGGCGGCUGUGCGAGCAUCCCACCUCCCUCGCUCGGAGGAGGAUCCGCGCCGCUCCGCGUCGCGCCGCGCCGCGCCGCUCCGCUCCGCCCCGCCGCGCCCGCCGCGCCGCAGCCCCGCAGCCCGGCCGCCGCAGGGCCGGCGGGGAGCGAGCGGUAGCCGGCGGCAUGAGGCGCGACCCGGCGCCCGGCUUCUCCAUGCUGCUCUUCGGCGUUUCCCUCGCCUGCUACUCGCCCAGCCUUAAGUCGGUGCAGGACCAGGCGUACACGGCGGCGGUGGUGCUGGAGGGGAAGGUGCAGUCCGUGGGCCCCCCCGCCGGCGGCGGCAAUGACAGCCGAGGAGCCGCCGGUCCCGCCGGGGGGGUCUUGGUCAAGGUGCUCGACCUGUGGCCCCUCAACAGCGGCGGGCUGCAGCGGGAGCAGCUCAUCAGCGUGGGCUCCAAGGCGCCCUGCUUUAAAGUGAAGCGCAACCACCGCUACAUCUUCUUCCUGGAGCCCACCGAGGAGCCGCUCGUCUUCCGCACCGCCUUCGCCCCGCUCGAUACCAGCGGCAAGAACCUCAAGCGGGACGUGGCGCGGAUCCUCUGCGCCGACUGCGCUGUCCCUCCCAAACUGAAGAAACUGAAAAGCCCAAACGUUCAUGUUGGUGAAAAGAUUUCACUGAAAUGUGAGGCGACCGCUGGAAACCCUCAGCCAUCCUACAAGUGGUUUAAAGAUGGCAAAGAGCUGAAGAAGAGCAAAGAUAUCCGGAUCAAGUAUGGGAAUGGGAAAAAGAUUUCCAGACUGCAGUUCAACAAGGUGAAGCUGGAAGAUGCUGGGGAGUACAGCUGCGAAGCGGAGAACGUUUUAGGGAAAGACACCGCAAAAGGCAGCCUGAAUGUGAAAAGUGUAACCACAACUCUCUCCUCCUGGUCCGGGCAUGCUAGAAAAUGCAACGAAACAGCCAAGUCCUAUUGUGUCAAUGGUGGAGUAUGCUACUACAUUGAGGGGAUUAAUCAGCUGUCUUGCAAGUGUCCGAUCGAAUUCACAGGAGACCGGUGUCAGCAUUUCGCAAUGGUCAGCUUCUCCAAGCAUCUUGGAUUUGAAUUAAAGGAAGCUGAAGAGCUCUACCAGAAGAGAGUUUUGACCAUCACGGGAAUCUGUGUUGCCUUGCUUGUGGUGGGCAUCGUCUGUGUAGUAGCUUACUGUAAAACCAAGAAACAAAGAAAACAAAUGCAUAAUCAUUUACGGCAGAACAUGUGCCCUGCCCAUCAGAACAGGAGCCUUGCGAAUGGGCCAAGCCAUCCACGUUUGGAUCCUGAGGAAAUCCAAAUGGCUGAUUAUAUUUCUAAGAAUGUUUCUGCCACUGAGCAUGUGAUCCGAAGGGAAACAGAGACAACUUUUUCGGGAAGUCACUCCUGCUCCCCGUCUCAUCACUGCUCCACAGCCACUCCAACAUCCAGCCAGAGACAUGAAAGCCACACCUGGAGCUUGGAGCGGACGGAGAGUCUGACUUCAGAUUCCCAGUCUGGGAUAAUGCUGUCCUCGGUGGGAACCAGUAAAUGCAACAGCCCUGCGUGUGUGGAGGCACGGGCUCGCCGCGGGGCCGCCUUCUGCAUCGAGGACUCACGGAGGCCCAUGACGCAGUAUCGUGACUCAGUGGAUUCUCUGCGGGACUCACCGCACAGCGAGAGGUACGUGUCGGCCCUGACCACACCAGCACGCCUGUCGCCUGUCGACUUCCACUACUCGAUGGCUGCACAAGUGCCCACCUUUGAGAUCACCUCCCCCAACUCGGCGCAUGCCGUCUCCCUGCCGCCGGCGGCCCCCAUCAGCUUCCGUGUGGAGGAACAGCAGCCCCUCCUGCGGCGGUACCAGCUCCCCUUCCAGGACACGCAGAGGUACGACAGCUACUACCAAAGGAAGACCUACCUAAAUGACAGCAUGGGGAGCCUGCCCUCCAGCCCCUUCCGCAUCACGGAGGAUGACGAGUACGAGACGACGCAGGAGUACGUCACAGCGCUAGAGCAGCCAAAGAAAACAGCCAGCAGCAACAGGCGGUGGAAAAAAUCCAAACUGAACGGGCACAUCCCUCACAGAGCCAGAGCCGUCCGGGACUCCUUCUCCUUGAGCAGCGCCUCUUACAGCGAGUCUGACGAGGAGCUGGUGGCCGAGAGCACCCCAUUCCUAAGCACUCAGAACAAUGAGGCGACGCACACAGAGUCGCCCCCGCUCCAUCGGCCAGGCGACAGCCGGACUCACUACUCCUGCAGCAGACACAGCGCUCACGGGGAGAGCGGGCGCAGCAGCCUGGCACACACGACGCCCAAACCGGACCCAGAUCCUCUCUAGGCGCCUCCCAGACUCACGCGCCCGCAGACGUAACCCGCAUGGAGGAGGCUGAGGAGGGAGACAAGACAAAACAAAACAAAAAUAAAUAUUUUUAUUUUAUAUAAAAGAGGGAAAAAUAUAACAAAUAAAAUGUUUUAUUUUCAUUUUAGCAAAGUUGUCUUAUAAUAGCUAACGACAAUGACUUUUUUAUAGGGAAUCUCUAUUUAUAUGUAAUGUCUUGAUUUACAGCUUCCGAGAAAAAAAAAGUAAAAAAAAAAAAAAAGAAGAAAAGAAAACAAACAAUAAAGUUAAAAAAAAAGUGGGCCAAUUUUUGACUACUUAAAAAUAGAAAACAAAACUAUCGUGGUGCCUUUUGCUGUAUGCUAGUGCUGGGAUUCAUGCCGAGGAUUCUGUUUCAGUAGCAUUUUUAAGAUCAUAGAUUUUUGUUUGGGAGACAACCUGUCACAAGGGCGCUCUUCCGUUGGAAGAAAACAGCCUUGUCACUUUGCCCUGUACCCUGCUAUUAAUGAUCUUAUUCUUUAAGGUAUCGUUUAAACACACAUCAAGAACAUGAGUGGGAGCAUUUCCAUUAUCAUGUCUAAUGGGGAUCUGUCUUGCCCUGUAAAAUACUUGUAUUUCUGCUUAAAUCAGGAGAAAAAGAAACCCAACAGCAUCGUACUGAAAUGCAGAAAUAAUGUUUCUUUUGCCACACAGGUAGGAAGAGAAAAUGAAAUCGUGCAGCAGCAGCCCUUACAAUAUAGCUCUCAACCUUUGGCCAUUUCACCUGUGGGUCUGAAGUUGGGUUGGCACAGGUUUGUAGUCAAACAAGGCAGACACCCAUAUGAACGUGGUGAAACAAUACCCCGUUACGUACGGUUGAAUCCAGUUCACUGAAGCCAGCCCUGGCAGGCAGACGGCACUGCACGGUGGGCCCAGCAGGGCAGUCUCCAUUCAGCUGCGGUGCCCUGUGGCUGCGUUGCCAUACUGGUGCCGUGCUGGCCGCGGCGUCCCCUUGAUGGAGCGGUGUUGCUGCGGUGCGGUGUUGGCCGUGGUGGUGCGUGCCAUGGUGCCGUAGGGCUGCCGGGGCUGUGUUGUCCUGCGUGCCGUGCUCGGCCACGGUUCAGGCGGUUCCGGGAGGACGCCCAGAGGGCAGCCCCGGGGCGCAGCACGGCCACGGCUUGCCCUGGACGCCGUGCCAGGCAGCUGCCGGCCGUGCUGCCCUGGGGUUUGGCAGGAGCCCAAGCGCUUUUGGCUCCGCUUGUUGCCCCGGCAUUGGCUGGGAAGGGCCCUGCGUGGGGCAGCCCAGCGAGCAGAUUCUUCUGUACCGCCGUGCCAUAUAUUGUAAAGACAGACAGUUGUUACCGUCACAUCUUGCCAUCGAUGAUGGACGUCAUGUUUCCGAACUCGGAGCAGCUCUGGCCAUUGGCUCUGUGGCGCAAAGAGACAGUCCUGCGUGUCCAGGCGGCAGAGCAUCCCCUGUGGAAGUGCCCCUCUCUCCUCAGUUCUCUGCAGCAAACCUGUUUACAUUGUAGCCUGACUUUUUCUUUUUGUAUUUUUACUUCUGCAUGUCCUUUGCAUUUCAGAUACUGUAGAUUGGAUGCAUGGUGAAGCUGUGACUGAGAAGAUAAUACAACAAUUGACAGUGUAUUUCAUUUAACUUUUAGCAAUAAAGUAACUAAACCCUCUAUUCCUCACCCAUGAUGGGGUCAGAUAGAAAACUCUGCUAAUUUGUCAUAAGAUGAUUGUCAAAGUUUGCUCUGGAUUGUCUGAAUGUCAGAACUCUCGACUGUUUAACACUUGAACAUUUUUUAUAUUAUAAAUAAAAUAAGAAAUAACAA